CCACCACCUCCCUGGCCUCUCUCUCUUUUGUCUCGGUUUCCCCUGGCCCUCCACGAAAGUUGCUAACGAUUCCAACUGCCGGGAGCACUGGCCGUUGGUUGGGUUGGGCCUAUAAGUAGCUGGCCUCGGCGCGCCGCUCCCUUCACAGCCAAGCAACUCUCGAUCCCUAAUCAGCAGCUCGAGCUCGCUUUAGCUCGAGAAGCAGUGUGUGUGCUGCAAUGGCGACCGCCAAUGUCUUCUUCCUCCUGCUCUGCUCGACCUUCUGCUUCCUCGCCCGCCGGGCUGCCGGCGACUACGGCGGGUGGCAGAGCGCCCACGCCACGUUCUACGGCGGCGGCGACGCGUCCGGCACAAUGGGCGGGGCGUGCGGGUACGGGAACCUGUACAGCACCGGGUACGGCACCAACACGGCGGCGCUGAGCACAGCGCUGUUCAACGACGGCGCCUCGUGCGGGCAGUGCUUCGAGCUCCGGUGCGACAACGCGGGGCAGUCGUGCCUGCCGGGCACCAUCACCGUGACGGCCACCAACUUCUGCCCGCCCAACUACGGCCUCCCCAGCGACGACGGCGGCUGGUGCAACCCGCCGCGCCCGCACUUCGACAUGGCCGAGCCGGCCUUCCUCCAGAUCGCGCAGUACCGCGCCGGCAUCGUGCCCGUCGCGUACAGGAGGGUGCCGUGCGUGAAGAAGGGCGGGAUCCGGUUCACCAUCAACGGCCACUCCUACUUCAACCUGGUGCUGGUGACCAACGUGGCCGGCGCCGGCGACGUGCAGUCCGUGUCCAUCAAGGGCUCCUCCACCGGGUGGCAGGCCAUGUCCCGCAACUGGGGCCAGAACUGGCAGAGCAACUCGCUGCUCGACGGCCAGGCCCUCUCCUUCAAGGUCACCGCCAGCGACGGCCGCUGCGUCACCAGCAACAACGCCGCGCCGGCCGGCUGGCAGUUCGGCCAGACUUUCGAGGGCGGCCAGUUCUAGCCGGGCCGGCCCCGCGCCGCCGCUCGACGACGAGGAUCCAUCGGUCUGCGUUGCGUUCGGGGAAGGAAACCGGCCGGCCUCUUCGCCGUAGUAAAGAAGAGAGCCCGCCGGCCAUUCUGAGGCUGCUUAAUUAUCAUUAGC